UCAGAAAUUGAAAAGGGAUAAGAGGAAGGAGAAAAUGCUGGGCUGGUGCGAAGCGAUAGCCCGUAACCCUCACAGGAUCCCAAACAACACGCGAACACCCGAGAUCUCAGGGGAUUUGGCUGAUGCCUCACAAACCUCCACAUUGAAUGAAAAAUCCCCAGGACGAUCUGCAAGUCGAUCGAGUAAUAUCUCAAAAGCAAGCAGCCCAACCACAGGAACAGCUCCCAGGAGCCAGUCAAGGUUGUCUGUCUGUCCAUCCACUCAGGACAUCUGUAGGAUCUGUCACUGCGAAGGGGAUGAAGAGAGCCCCCUCAUCACACCCUGUCGCUGCACGGGCACCCUGCGCUUUGUCCACCAGUCCUGCCUCCAUCAGUGGAUCAAGAGCUCAGACACGCGCUGCUGUGAGCUCUGCAAGUAUGACUUCAUAAUGGAGACCAAGCUCAAACCCCUCCGGAAGUGGGAGAAACUACAGAUGACCACGAGCGAAAGGAGGAAAAUAUUCUGCUCUGUCACAUUCCAUGUCAUCGCCAUCACCUGUGUGGUGUGGUCCUUGUAUGUAUUAAUAGAUCGGACAGCGGAGGAGAUCAGGCAAGGCAAUGACAAUGGUGUUCUAGAAUGGCCAUUCUGGACAAAACUGGUUGUGGUGGCCAUCGGCUUCACAGGAGGUCUCGUCUUCAUGUAUGUACAGUGUAAAGCCUACGUCCAGUUGUGGCGCAGGUUGAAGGCCUACAACCGUGUAAUCUUUGUGCAGAACUGCCCAGACACUGCCAAAAAGCAGGAGAAGAGCUUCUCGUGUAACGUCAACAUGGACACCAAGGAUGCGGUCGUGGUGCCUGUGUCACAAACAGGUCCCAAUUCCCUGCCCUCCCUGCCCCCCGCAGAAGACAGCCCUCCAGAAGUGAUGCCAGUGUGACUGAUACAACAGGUGGGAGUUCCUUCAAAGAAGGUCUUUCUAACCCUCGGCCACAACAAAUGACAGAGAUGAUCCUGAAUUACUCACUUUCUGUAUCUUCUCCCCUUUCUCUCACUGACUCGUUUCCCUUAUUUGGCUUAGAAAGGAAAGGAGGAGACACCAAAUGAUAAGACCCCAUGAAACAGAGUCUGAAGUGAUCCGGAAACGUGACAAGUUUGCUGAGGAGUCGUCUCAAAGGAUUAAAAGUCGCCGGAGCAAGGAAUACUUUCAGGCAAUGUUCAUCAUCAGACCAAAUGGGCACACGAGUCUUCACAGUAGCAGGGGAGAGUUUAAGAACACAGGCUUGAAUUGUAAUAUGUAUUUCUUCUAAGGCCUCGUGAUGUUUAACUAUCUCGUCUGGAAAUAGCAAGCAUAGUUGGUUUUAAGCUUGAAAUUGUCCGCACUGCCCCUCAGGCACAUCAGAAGCACACUCGGAGGAUGCAUCUUUGAUAUUCACACUUUGACGGAGAACAGAAUUUGAUGGUUAGUGCAGUCCAGUUGUUUUGACAGAUGCAUGAUUUUAAAAGACACAGUAUGUAUUUGAAGAUAUUAACUUGGAAUUCUAUUUAAAUGGUGAACAAAAGAUUUUCAGAGAUUUGGGGGGGGGGGAGGGAAUUAUUUGGCUGUUAAAUAUCCACAUAAGUUGAAAUCAAGUCUCAGGUUCCAUAUUUUAUCUGGACCCUCUAAAACAGUGUAGUGUAGCAGAAGUGUAAUGUGAGCUACAAGUGCAGGCUACCUAUGUAAAUUUAAAUUUUUCUAGCAGUCCCAUUAGAAGCUUUUAGAAGAAAAUAAGUGGAAUUAAUUUUGAGAAUGUCUUUUAUUUGACCCUAUGUAUUCAAGUUAUUUCAACAUAUUAUCAAUAUUAAAAAAUUAUUGACUCUGGCUGGGUAGCUCAGCUGGUUAGAGCAUGGUCCCACAGGUUUG